AUGUCCAACAGAUCGUCCGCUUCCUCAAAAAGACAGAAGCGCCGGAAGUCGACCCCGCGGUCACGGUCUACGUCUGUAGCUCGGGAACAGGCUUUUGCGGAUUCUGAUUUUUAUGAGAUCCGAGACAUUAUCGACGAGAGGGUUCUCAAAGGUCAACUUCAAUAUAAAAUUGACUGGGCGGAUAACCCCACUACCGGUCACAGCUACGCUCCGACUUGGGAGCCCGCGGCCAACGUCACCAAGGCUGCGAAAGCCGACUGGGAGAAACAGAAACGCCGUCGGCAAACUGUCCGACAGAGUAGCGCCAGUCCCACGACACAAACCGACAGCCAACCUGUCCUGCCCCCGAAUUGGCGAGCGAAGCGUAGGAGGGAGGUGUCUAUCACUGUCGAUGAAGAGGGUAGCGAGCCAUCUAAACGUCUAAGACGAUCGGUUGAUUCGGGGUAUACCUCUACUGAGAGCGAUACCCAGGGCACGCAGAACCAGGGCACACAGGACCAGAGCACACAGGCAAGCUGGGCGCCAGUUCAGUCUAUUCCCCAGCCCAACGGCGAGAUUGUUCUUGAGAUCUCGCGCCAUCCUACUUUCGACCCGACCGAGUACCGUUUGAUACCUUCGCAGACCACCGACACCCCUACUUGUCAAGAAUACCAGAAGACGAUCCCGGACUCCCAGGAUUACCUCAGUUCCCUGCGGACGAACCCCACGACUUCUGCCGCUCAAUCUGUCGUCGAUUUUCCCACUCCCGAUUCACAGCAGCUGGACGGAGCAGAGGGGGGACACCGCGCUGACGAGUUACAAGAGCCGGAUCUUGAGGGAGGUGUGGUCAGCCGUUCUGACUUGGGAAUUCCAUCCCAUCAGCCUGAAUCUUUGAACCACUUUGAAUCGAGUCACACAUCGGCCUUGCAGUCCUCUUUGUCCCCCAGUGGAGAGCACGCCUCUGGGGAUCGUUUUUCGGGAUUUCUUACACAACCCGAGGACGAACCCUUCGAUUUCACCACAGCACCAGUGCAAUCGCCUGAAGGAGAGUCUUUGGAAUUGGAACCCUCGUUCACCGGUAGUAAACCUGCUGUGCCAACCCCUGCUGCUCAGUCUUUUGUGAGCGCUCCCCAGCCAACUAUACUCUCCCAGGACGCUCAACAGCCCUCGGUCUCAUUCAACAACCCGGGAUUUCUUACCCAGAUCACAGAAGGGAACCUGGAGGAACGAGUUCCCGAAACAGUAUCUAGAGCACCACAGCGGGAGACGCCUCCUUUGAAUCGGAACCGCCUUGCGGCUAGCAGUAGGACUUGGUCGCUUCCAUCUGCUUCUCGAAAUACCAGCAUGGACGGACCCAAAGACCCGCCGCCGCCUGGUUCGGCAAUGGCUAAGUUCCACGAACUGAGGGCUCAAUUUAGAAUUGGCAUACCCCCGCUGCAGAGCGAAAGCAACCGCGCAGUAUCGGAAUCAUCACCUGCAAUCCCGAACCCGACCGAGAUUACGCCUCAACCGGCAGUGAUUUCGCAGAAUCUGCCCCAGGAGCCUCCCUCGUCGCUGCACGGCUUGGAUUUCUCCAGUGCUGACAUCACCCAUCAGUCCAUCGAUCAGCCUGUUGAGCAGACUCAGAGCGUGCCUCUGGACGCUGGUAUUUUGGCCAAUCAUGCGGAGUAUGAUCAUCUGCCCGCCACGGUUGCGCCUACAGACCUCACUACUUCCAUCGAGCAGAUUCCCAUGUCACCGGGUGAAUUGGCUGUCGAUGAGCAGAUCCUUGAGCAAGGCGCGUUAGAUCCCGCCACGAUUUCGCUGGCCCAACCUGUCGUCCAAUCCUCACCUCCGUUGAUUCUCGCUGCCGACGAGCAAGGCAGUCCCAGCGAUGGCGGUGAGAAAAGACAUGUUACCGUCACCUUGCCAAUGGCGGCCAAUACACGGGCGUCGUACUUGGAGGUCAUAUCCGCGAACAAACCGGCUCUGAUUGCGUUUGCAGAGUUCUUCUCGACUUCGUUCUCCCAAGUCCCGGAUGCUCCGUUGGUGGCCAAGAUCGAUUCUGUCUUUGACGACCUGUUCAGGCUCUGCGAUCUCCCGCCACACGAUGACGACCUCCCGAUUCUGAACAAGGAACACAUGAUGAAACAUGCUACCAACUCGAACAGCAAGUUCUCAUUCGUUCACGAGUUUCUCAAUAACCUUUGGGGCCUUGAUAGCAGGGUCCUGCUCAUUUCACAGCCCGGCCGAGUAUUUGAUUAUUUGAAGGCUAUCGUUUCGGUGGCGGAUUACCCUUACACAACCCUUGGUCGGGGAGAGCCGCGGCGUUCUGCGGGCUACGAUACAGACCGGGCUUCCAUCAUUCUCGCUACCGCGGACCAGGACCUCUCGCAAAUCCAGGGCGCGGUGGACGUCGUCAUCCUUCAUGACCAUACUGCGAGGUCGGUAGAAAUACCGGCGACACUGGUAUACGAGUCAACAAUGGUCCUCUCCUUAGUCGCGACCUAUUCUCUAGACCACAUCCACCAACAACUCAACGGCGUCGAGCCAGAGCUGGAUGACUUGACACGACGGAAUGCCUUGGUCCUGGGGCUCGGCUCGGCUAGGGAUUACAUCAGGAGUCCUGUCCGUGAUCACUUCAACGUCGACCCCCAUGAGGCGGCCAAGACGUUCACCUCCUUCUUGAGAAACCCGGAAGGUGGUUUGGAUUGGGACUCGCACCCUCUACCCGCAGAUGUGCUUGAGUUUUGGGACAACAGCCAGGAGCGUACACAGGAUUCUCAGGCGGAUCCCUCUGCCGGCUCCAGCAGCCGGAAACGGGCUUUGACCGAUAUUGACCGUGGGAUUCCCAAACGGCCGAGGCUGCUCCAGUCGCAGCAGCCGUCUCGGACUUCGACUCCGACAAAGAUGAGCGAUCUUCUCAAGCAGACGCUGGCCAACCACACUGUUGAGGGGCCGGUUACGCAGGUUGUCGAGAUACCUGUCGAUCAGCUUGAGUUGAUGUCUAGCAAGAUCGCGGAACUGGAAGCUCUCCUCGCAAAUCAAACCGCUAUUGAAACCAAGACUCGCGAACACUGCAACAGCCUGGAAGCGCAGCUUCGGUCUCACGAACGAACUGUUCAAUCCAUCCAGCCUAAGUACAUGGAUGCUCUCCGUGACCGUGGCACGUUUGAGAAACAGUGCCAGAAGGCCGUCGAGAAAGCAGAUGCUGCAGCUGCCCGUCUUGAAGCCCAGAAGGCUGAGAUUACCGCUUUGAAAGAAAAGAACGCCGCCCUGGAAGCGAAGGUUGCUGAAGUCAACGACACGCUGGCCAACUCGACAAUUCCAGACAUUGCAAAGGUUGCACAAGCCGAAAAGGAUCGUGACGAGGCCCUCGCUUCGGUCGAGAAGCUCGAGAAGAAGGUCCGCAUGGUUCAGAACGAGGCCGACUACAGUCGCAAGGCAUACCAAGACGCAUCCAACGCACACACCGAGCUCAACCAAGAGAACCAGGAGCUCAAAACCCAGGUGGCCGAGCUCCAGAAGCGAGCGAGCGACAAUUUGGUCAAGAUCCAACAGAUCCAUGCUCAGACCGAGAUCAAUGAAUUCAUCCGGCAGAUUGACGGGCUACAAGCGAUGCUAGAGAACCGCGAGCGCGACCUCGAACGCGCCAAGGACGAGCUGAAGCUCCUGAAGAACGGCCGCCGUGAGACUCGCCAGGGUAGUGUCUCGCGUAGUCCGCGGAUGGGCGUCAUGAGUCCUCGGCCGGCUCGAGGGAUGGGUGCCAGUAGCAGAGGGACCAGCCCAGCGCCCAUGAGCUCGGAUGGGCCGGGUAUGAGCGGCAGCGGCGGUCCUACGGGCGUGGCAGGGAUGAACUUCUUCCCGCCGAUCGGCAAUGUUGGCCGCUGGGGACACCUCCGGGAUUAG